GCCCGUCCACUUCUGCUUUCUCCGUCUCGGAGGCCUAGGCCUGGGGUGUCACUGCGGUCGCCUGCCUGCACACGCCCGGGUGCUGGGCGCCUCUGGCUUCUUGCACUGCACUCCGGGGAGGCUGGAGUUUAAUCACACAGUGUCCGGCUUCCUGUCCUCCUCCGCCCCCCUCCCGCCCGCUUCCCAGGCCCCUCCCUCUCCCCUGGCUCGAUCCGCCCACCAGCUCCCCCUCCCCAUCCCUUGGGUCCCGGGAUGGGGGGGCGGUGAGGCAGGCACAGCCCCCCGCCCCCAUGGCCGCCCGUCGGAGCCAGAGGCGGAGGGGGCGCCGGGGGGAGCCGGGCACCGCCCUGCUGGCCCCACUGGUGCUGAGCCUGGGCCUGGCGCUGGCCUGCCUUGGCCUCCUGCUGGUCGUGGUCAGCCUGGGGAGUUGGGCAACGCUGUCUGCCCAGCAGGGGCCUUCUCAGGAGGAGCUGACAGCUGAGGACCACCAGGAGCCCCCUGAACUGAAUUCCCAGACAGAGGGAAGCCAUGAUGUGGUGCCUUUCUUGGAACGACUCGUCCGACCUCGAAGGAGUGCUCCUAAAGGCCGGAAAGUACGAGCUCGAAGAGCUAUCGCAGCCCAUUAUGAAGUUCAUCCACAGCCAGGACAGGAUGGAGCACAGGCAGGUGUGGAUGGGACAGUGAGUGGCUGGGAAGAGGCCAAAAUAAACAGCUCCAGCCCUCUGCGCUAUGACCGCCAGAUUGGUGAAUUUACAGUCGUCAGGGCUGGGCUCUACUACCUUUACUGUCAGGUGCACUUUGAUGAGGGGAAGGCUGUCUAUCUGAAGCUGGACUUGCUGGUGAAUGAUGUGCUGGCCUUGCGCUGCCUGGAGGAGUUCUCAGCUACAGCAGCAAGCUCCCCUGGACCCCAGCUUCGUCUGUGCCAGGUGUCUGGGCUGCUGCCCCUACGGCCAGGGUCUUCCCUUCGGAUCCGUACUCUCCCCUGGGCUCACCUUAAGGCUGCCCCCUUCCUUACCUACUUUGGACUCUUUCAAGUUCACUGAGGGGUCCUGCUUUCCCCGUCUCCCAGAGCACCGUGAUCCCCAAACCCUGAGCUGCUGUUUGCUCCAGUCCUGUCUCCUCUAAAGGCAGCCGGGGCUUGUUCACGUGUUUUCCAUCCCACAGCACCCCAUCCCACCCCAACUGUCCGACUCACUAGCUCCCAAAGCCCCACUUCUCCCUGACUCCCCAGGCCCCAGCCCCCAGGACUCUGUUUACUGACUGUGCAUCAGGCACUGGGAUGGGCUGGACCUGGUGGCAGGAAGCCAAAGAGCCGGGGACUAGGCCAGACAUUCCCAAAUGUGGGGGUUAGAGCCUUAGACAAGCCCCUCCCUGAGUCCCUGUGGAUUUUGAAAAGAUACUAUUUUUAUUAUUAUUGUGACAAAGUGUUAAAUGGAUAUUAAAGAGAGUGAACCAUGA